AAACACAGCAAAGUCUCUGUUUUCUAAAAGGCAAAACCUCACCCAUGAAUUUAACAUGAAACACGUUACAGCAAUACAAAAACGUAUCCCGCCGAGAUCCAAUUAGCGCUGCUCUAUCUUGAGCCGAGGUGCCGUUCCGGUCUGGCGGUUAAUUAAACAUGCCCAUGAUAACAAUUCUGUGUGAGUUUAUAUAAUAGACCGUGCUGUAAUCUGAUCACAGUUUAGACUGGGGAACAGCUCACUGUGUCCCAGAAUCAGUCAACUGGUCCUAGAUCAGCUUUGCCCUGCUUUCCGGAACAUUCUCCAGGACGGGCUGAGACCCUUCAAGCUGGAUUUGAUUGUUGGACGACGUAGUAAUAAGCCAUGGAGCGUGGUGGAGGCAUCGACGCAGCCAGGUUUGGGAAUGCUAGUCAAUCUUAAAGCUGUCUUGUACGUAGUUAUUUUGUGGAAAUCACCUUCUCCUUGGAUAUUAAAUAUGCUCCAUAGAAAGUUCUUUUGUUGUUUUUAUUGAGCAAAAGACCGUAUUCACAUUAGUGAUUAAUUAAAAUGGAAGACAGAAAUGUCUCAAAGUGGCAAGGAGCGAUGACGGGGGCCAAGCAUUGAAGGUGAUUUAUGGAGUUAAAGAGCAUCACACACCAUGUGCUUGUGUUUAUUGCAUUUGUAUUUAUUUAUAAAUGUACUCUUUUUUUUUUUUUUCAGGCCCAUCCACCCGAAUGCUGCACAGUCUGGUCUCAGUUGUUAAGAAGUGCUCAAAGUUGACCAAUCACAGUAUGAGGCUUAAUGCCUUCUUCUUAGGUCUACUGAAGUGAGUCUUACUACAAAACAUACGUUUAACUUUUAGUAUCAAUGAAAUAACUUGCUCUGUAGUAAUAAUAAUAUUGUUUCACAGCUUGUCUGCUUUGGAGUCUUGGUUUUGGCACUUGCGCACCUGUGUAGGUAAGAGCGUAAUGCUCUGUUUACAACUCAUCGCUGGAUGUUCCAGUGACCCAGAUGUGAUUGCAGAGUACUACCACCCCUGGGCAUUCCUGGCCUUGUCCCAGGAUCCAGCGUGUAAAUCUCUGUUUCAGGAGCUCCUCCUCCUGCUCCAGCCACUGUCCGAGUUGCCUUUUGACCUUCACUUGCUUUCCGAGUCAAGGCUCCAGAGGAGACAGGAGCAGACCCAGCCAUCCGUCCAACAGUCAAGGUUUCUUGCCCUGUCUGGCUGCUCAUUUCUAAAGACACCUAACAGGCAGAACAGUGAAGGACAACCUGAAAGAUCUAAAUUGAAGGAGAAAAGAGAACCAUGCGCUCCAUCCCAGACGGAAAUCCGUACACCGUGUAGCACUAACAUACACAAGAUCCUCCAAGACUGUGCAGUUACGGUUUCUAAACAUUCCACCCGAGAACCGGAGCAGAAAUCAGUCUGCUCAAAAAAGAGGCAUGCUGGAUGGUGGCUCAACCAGACACCCAUCCCUGAACGUCUGAUGGAAGCAGAUUGCGCUUAUCCCAUGCCUCAUGUACAAAAUAAUGAGGCAUUGGUGGGAAAUGAGGACAGAAGAAGGGAAGAGUUCUCAAUAAGGACUGAUGAGGUGAAACCACCAAAAGAGCUGCGCUGGGCCCGAUUAUUUGGUUCUGGGAUCGGCAGUCCAGUGCCAGUGGAAAAAGCACAACGCAGCAUCAAGCAAAACCAGAGAAUCAGGCCACCUUCAGAAUGGCUCCAGCUUGGAGCAUCAAAGAUGGACCAGCUGGCUCAGUCUGUGUGGAGCAACGAGACGAGCAGAACCUUAUGUCGACUGCAACAGCGACCCAAACUCAUGCAGUGAGAACACUGAUUAAAGCGACAUGGACAAGAAGUGUGAAGAGAAGCACAAUCACCUAGAAGCACAAUGAACCCGAAGUGGUAUUUUACUGAUGUUUGGUGUAAUGUAGUCUACAAAAAAAGCACAGCAGAAUCUUCUGUCAGGAUUAAAACAUAUCUGUUAUGUAGUCAGCUUUUUCAUCAUCCCCUGCCUGUUAAUACCAAACAUUUCCAAAACGUUUCUACAUUGGCGCUAGAUACACAAUGUUUAACUUAUCUUAAAUCUUACAUGAGUAUUCCAGAGCGAGGUUUUCAGACUUGUACCGUAUAGUCUAAGUCUCACUUUGUGGAUAGUAAACGUCGCUGCACAGCUAGCGCAUAUUUAACAUAUAAAAACAUCUAUGACUUUUAAACAUGUACAAUAUUUUUUUUUUUAGAUUUAACCAAAGUAGAGUUAAUGAAUUGACAUAAAAUAUAUUAAAGAUUACUAAAUAGCAGGGGUGGAAAAUACUUGAGGAAUUGUACAUUGUUACCGUAAGUACUGGGGUUUUUUUUUCUUGUUGCAGAUCUCAUACGUAACGAGAUUUUCCUUUUUGUUCAAUUCUUACCUAUUUCUUUUCCCUCCUAAUUUAUUUAUUUAAUUAUUAUCUUCAUAAGAUGGUGUCUUUGUCUAGAGGUACUGGGUGAGAUUUGCCUCCCGAGUAAAUUUGAAAUAUCAGUCUUUAAUAUUUGCCAUCAAACCUAAGAUGUACUGUAUGUUGAGUUGGCUGUAAAUUUAGCUAGUUCAAUUAGCUAGCUAGUUAUGGUUUAUGGUUUGUACAUUAUUUUUUUGUUAAAUGAUUCUAGCUGGUUAAGUUUCAUAUAUUAGCUUGUUACUGAAGAUUAGCUAGUCAGUUAUGUUUUGUAGAUUAGCUCGUUCAAUUAGCUAGUUGUUUUCGUUGUUGAUAAUGUGUCUUAGCAUUCAUUCCACACACACACACACAAAAAAAACGGGUUACCAAGAAGCCAAAUUCCAGGUUUGUCUGAGUUAGCAGAAUAUUUUUUAUUUUCCUUAAGUCACAUGUGAGUAAACUGAUCUCUCAUUGGUCAGAGUGCGCCUGUUUAUGAUCCAGGGUUCUGCUCAUAGCGGUCAUCCAUCGUGAUGGAUAGACAGCAGCUCUGUGAGCUUAUUGUGGCUUUCAUGCCGUGUAGUUAUUAUAAUUUAGUUAUUAAGUGUAGUUGCCGUGUUUAAUCUCAUUUAUAUGCUCCACGGAGCGAUUAAAGCCCAUCUCCUUGAGACGCUCGCUAAACACCUUGUAAACAUGGGUGUUUUUAUGUGUUUUUGAAAGUUGUUCAGAAAUAUGUCCGUCAGACCAAAUUUCAAUGAGGCAUUUUAACUCGUAUUUGGUCCAAGUUAAACUGCGAUUCAUGUUCAUGCAAGUGUAACAAUGUAGUUCCCAUCAUGCAUUGCUAUACAGGUUGGUUCACUGGUCCGUCGGUCCGGAUUGCUUUCUCACUACAAGCGAACUGCUCCAGAGUUCGUUUGCGAUCAUGCCGAGACCACCUCAGGUUUGGGUGCGGAUCCGAGCAUGGUCGCCGUGUUCGUACGGUAUACGUCUAAACAAACCGAACCAAGGAAGAAAACGCAUGGAGUUCCGAAAACAAGCGCUCCAAACGAGCCAGGUUUUAAAAGACGCCCUUAGAUUUCUUGACGGAUUUGAGAUAAAUGGUGCACUCGUGAAAAUUUCACACCAUUGUAUAAAGAACCAUUUCAUUGGCCAGCAAUGAACUUAAAAUUAAAUGCAGCUCUUUAAGAGCAUCUGCCUCUAGUGGACAAAAAAAAAUCAAACUACAUGUUUAAAGGAAUAAAAACUGAUCUCUAUCCAUGUGUAGUGUAUCUGUAAUUAGAAAAAAAAUAAACAUUUCCACAAAUUUCCCUGUACAGAGAAUAGAUCAGAAAAGCCUUUUACUCUAAACUCAUUUCUGUUCAAACAGUUCUCCGUGUUUGUAAAUUAAUCUCUAAAUCUCUGUAGUUAGUUCUUUAAAAAAAAAAAAAAAAACCCAGAGUGAUAGCACAGCAUAAGCAAGUCACCCAGUCACGCUUUCUAGGGUUUUCCUAGAUAGUUACUAUGGUAUUCCAUGUUGUUGCUAUGUGGUUGGUAAACUGUUGCUACGGUAUUGGUAGGUGGUUCCUAGGAUGGUUCCUAUGCAAUCUCAGGUUGUUGCUAUGGUAUUCCCAGUGGUUGCUUGGGUGUCCCUAGGUGGUUGUAUUGGUAUUCCAAGAGAUUGCCAAAAGAAUUACGUCAUUUUUGACUGUGCAUUCGCUGUACACGUGAGGGGAAAAAACAUGGACACCUUUACUUUGACGCCACAUGCUGAACUCUGUGUUGAAAAGAACUUCCAGAGUUUCCAAAUAGGACUUCCUAGAUGAGCGAGGCUUUAAUUUGGUCAGAGGUCAGAGUACACAGCAUAAGCUGUCGCUAUUUAUGCUACGUUGUUGCUAAGUGGUUGCUAUGUACUGCAAUCGCAGCUGGUUGCUAAAGUUGUCCCGGUUGUCCCAGUGUUCUCCAGCAUGCCAAUAAUACAAACUAAUGCAUAUGCAUCUAUAUUAGAUAGCUAUAUAGAUAUUUUCCUGUGAAGCAUUUAAUCCAUAUUUAGUUUAUAUUGAUUCUUUUUUUUUUUUUUUUUCUAUAAUACAUGCAGAGUGAAAUGUAAAGGUAUCAAUUUUGCAGGUUCAGUAUUUGAAGAUAAGGCUGUAGUUUUCCUAUGAGUGACGUUGCUCUAUGCAGAUGUGCGACCUCUGACCUCCGAGCAUGACACGAUAGGGGAGACCGUUCUUUCCUACGUCUUUUGAUGCAUUCAAAUGUUAUAACAAAUGAAAUAAUGACGUCUCAGGCACACAUUUUCUAUUUUAUUAUAUCUUAUUUCAGUACAGUGUUAAAGACAGGGGGUGAGACAAUUUUCCCCGCUCUCCCCAUCAUUCGUCUAUGGAACCCUGUCAGAAGAAACGAUAUAUAUAGUGUACAGGUACAUUUUGCUUCCCAAGGUACAAGCAGUGGUCCUUAGUGGUCCUUGCAAUUAUAAUUACCGUAAUGAUUUUUAAAGUUCCUAGUGUUUAUACUCUGAAAGAACCUGUUUAGUAGCAUUUUUGUUUGAGGUAAAGUGGGUGAUAUAUAUAUAUAUAUAUAUAUAUAUGACGAUAUGUUUACACUAUGAUAAGCUUUUCUGAGUGUAUUAAAGGUGUCAUCAGUAAUGACCAAAUGUAAAGGAAAUUACUUGGCACUUUAUAUUUAUUAUCAAAAGUGAAAAGUCUAGUUGGCCAACUGUUUCAUAACAAUAGAGAUUUUAACCGGUGUAUGUAAUGUAUGUGUACUAUUUAUGAAAGGAGUCUCCAGUGUCAGUGCUUUGUCAAGCUGUAAGUUUUACCACAUGGGAAAAGUCUUCACGACAGCAUAGUUUGCACUUUGCAGGUUCUUGGUAACGUGACAAGGUGCGUUUUUGUUUUUGUCUUAUUAACUUCAAGAGAGCCUGGUGAGGAAACGACUGCUUAUAGCUGCUCUAAUGAACUCGUUUCGUGGAUAUUCCACAACGCUCUAUGUAACUAAAGCGGAUAAAAAUGAUGACAUUAUUCAUGAAUGGAUUAAAAACGGUCAUUGUUGGCGAAUUUCUGUUGUAUAAGGGAAAUACAACAUUUCAGGAGGUGCUGUUUUGUUCCUUCCAUAUGAUUUCCCCCUUUCGUUUUUCUUCCUGAUGCGCAAUAUGUUCGAAUAGUGACAAUGUUAAAGCAAGAAUCAUUAACCUUAGA